AUGAUAGGCACUAUAUUUUCAAUCCUCCUGACAAUAAUAAAAUUGUGCUUUGCCACCUCACCUAUAAUAUGUAUUGUCUUAAUAUUUGUGUUAAAUAAAAAUAAUGUCCCCGAUGAUAAGAAGAAAAAACCAGACUUUUAUUUCGAGGUAGACUAA